CCGACGCAUCGAUUGCAGACAAAACAAAUUGGUAGGAUCUACUCGUCGUUUGAUCGAGAGUAAUCGAUCGCAGUUCUUUCCCCAGAAAAGACUGUGCCACUUAGGCUCAUACCUGAUCAACCUCCUGUAAGUCAAGUUUACCCUUUGGAAAUUAGACGGAAUUAAAACCCUCACGGGUUGGCCUCGUUCAUAUUCCUCCCUCCGUGCCGACCAUAUCUGUAACUACGGUGCUGACUAAUUUCCACCAUCUGCUGUCGCUUUUCAUGCGGAAGAUAUAUUCCGCACCGCAGAGCCUAUAUAAACCCGGUCCAGAACCACUUCAAACUUAAUUCCAAACUCCCAGAGAAUAAAUACCGAACCAAAAUGUCCCACCUAACUUACUACAACUACCCCGGCGUCGGCGAACGCAACCGCCAAAAUUUCAAAUACAGCCAAGCCGUCCGCAUCAGCGACCGCAUCGAAUGCUCCGGUCAAGGUGGCUGGGACCCCAACACAGGUGAAUUCUACAAAGAAAUCAACGCGCAGAUCGACCAGGCGUUCGCGAACGUGGAUCUGGCGCUCAAGACGGCCGGCGGAAAGGGCUGGCCGCAGGUGUAUCGGGUGAAUUCGUAUCAUGUGCCAAUCAAUGAUGAGGCGUUGGAGGCUAUGGUGAGGAAUUUUAGAAAGUGGAUGCCGGAUCAUGAGCCGUUAUGGACUUGUGUGGGGGUUACGAGGUUGGGGGAGGAUGAUAUGAGGGUUGAGAUUGAGGUUGUUGCGCAUGACCCUAAGUAGAGUGGGUGGUUGGAUUGAUGAAUUUAUGAUUUUUCUUUGGCUUUCUAGUCUUUCUUAAUCUUUUGGGGAGGGAUUUGGGCUGGCAUAUCCUCUGACUAACCUCCCAGAUCUCCAGGGACCCUCGUCUAUCUUUUAUGAGUAUAUUGACACCAGUAGCUAGUAUCUGGACAAAGGAAAGACAAUACGGUGCAUGUAUUAC